GACCCGAAGUCUGAGUAGUAUAAAUACCGUGGGUACUACGAUCAGUUGGUAGGACUCUUUGUCAAAGCAAAAAUGAAAAUCUUCGUGGCUCUGUUGGCUGUUGUGGCCGUUGCCAGUGCGGCUUCCGUGGGCGAGCCCAUUGAUACCCACUCGAUCUCCAGCACGAUUGUGGAUGUGAUCGAGGGAGUCCAGGAGCAGAUGCCCUGUGGCUUCGCCGGGCUCGGCGUUCCGCCAUUGGCGCCUCUCCGAAUUGACCACCAGAAUGUCAACAUCGACACCAGUGUGCUGAAGGCCGAGGGAACCAUCGACCACUUCCGCCUAAAUGGUCUGAAUGACUUCGACAUCGAUGAGAUGAAGGUCAACGCCCUGACCAGCAAGGUCACCUACAAGUUCACCUUCCGCGACGUCAACGUGGACACCCAGUACGAUCUGAGUGUGCUGCUGAAGAAGUACGGAUUCACCAUCAAGUUGAUCGGUGCCGGUCACGCCAAGUUCGCCAUCAAGGAUAUGGUUAUCUGGGGCACCCUCAAGUACUCCCUGGGCAUGCUCAGCGGCAACCUGAAGCUCAAGUCCCUGGAGGUGCGCACCCACUUGGGUGAGGUCGACUCCGAGAUCGAGGGCAUCCUGGGCGAUGGCACCAUCAACGAGAAGAUGAACGAAUACCUCGCCGAGGCCGUGGAGCUGGCCAUCAAUGAGAACGAGGAUCUGCUUGCCGACACCAUCGAGAGCAUUGCCCUGCCCGCGGUCAACAGCGUUCUGGACGAGAUCAGCAUUGCCGAUGUCAUCUCCGGCGCCGGUGGUGAGGGCGGUGAGAAGGAGGUGUGCAUUCCCCCCGAGUUCGAGUGGUAAACAAAUCGCCGGUCAUUAAACAACCGUUUUGAAUCAAGAA